CUGACUUUUUUACGGUUGAAUUUCACCACGUGUGAAACAAUGUGACAACUAUGUUCACUUUCGACAGAGGGGAUCGUCGUCUUCCGAGAGGAGAGGUUUAUUUUAUUGCAACAAAAUGGCAACAGAGCGAAACAAAAAGAUUUUACUGGAACUGGUGAAGCAGCCGGACAACAGCCGGUGCGCGGACUGCGGAGCGGCCGAUCCAGACUGGGCAUCCUACAAGCUGGGUGUGUUUGUUUGCCUGAACUGCUCUGGUGUCCAUCGCAAUCUAUCGAGCCGGGUCAAAUCCAUUAAGCUGGACCUCUGGGAGGACAAUCUAGUGGAGUUCAUGAAAUCCAAAGGCAAUGCCAGCGCCAAAGCCUUGUAUGAGAGGGCGGUUCCAUCUUAUUACUAUCGUCCCCAGCAAAAUGACUGCAAUGUCCUGAAAGAGCAGUGGAUUCGGGCGAAAUAUGAAAGGCUGGAAUUCACUGGAGAAACCAAGUAUCCACCCCUGUCUUAUACCACAGGUUUCUAUGAAGGAAUGCUGUGGAAAAAGGGGAAAGACAAUGCUCAGUUUCUGAAGAGGAAGUUCGUGCUGUCAGAGAGGGAAUUCACGCUGACUUAUUACAACAAAGAAGACGAGUCCAAAGGUCCCAAGGCUGUAAUCUCCAUCAAGGACCUGAACGCCAACUUCCAGCCAGACAAGAUUGGUCACCCUCAUGGGCUCCAGAUCACCUACCAAGAUGAAGACCACACCAGGAACCUCUAUGUUUACCAUGAAAGCUCUGAGGAAAUAAUCACAUGGUACAACGCUAUACGUGCUGCUCGCUAUGCAUACCUGAAGACGGCAUACCCGACUGGAAGCGAUGAAGAACUGAUACCAAAGAUAACAAGAAACUACCUUAAAGAGGGAUACAUGGAAAAGACAGGGCCAUCGCAAAAAGAGUCAUUCAAGAAGAGGUGGUUUAUUUUGGACUCUCAGAACAGGAAGUUGUUCUACUUUAAAGGUCAACUGGACGCGGAGGAGUUAGGGGUCAUUUUCAUAGGUACAGAGACCAACGGCUACUCUGCAAAGGAGUGUAGCCCGAAACAUACUCGGGGAAACAAGUGGAAAUAUGGAGUUAUGGUGGAGACGCCUGAGCGGCAGUACGUCUUCAUGUGUGAGCAAGAGCGGGACCAGAGACAGUGGCUGAGCGCUCUCAAGCAGGUUCUGUCCAGACCAAUGGCACCGCAGGAUUAUACCAUUGAAGCUAAUGUCAACUAUAAAAAAUGAACUACAGAGAGACAUGACAACAAGAGGAUGGUGCAAAUCCUGCAGUGUUAAAAACACGAAUGUCUAAACUUCUAAACUGCUGCAGGAGUUCCUGUGCCGUAUCAGCACUGACUGUUACCACGUUGACUACAGUACGAACACCGUGAACCGGACCACAGUGUGGAUAAAAAAAAUCAAACAUGGACAACCACUUACUGUAUCAGAAGAUUGAUGAUAACUGAAAAAUAUGUAGUUGGAAACAUUUUAAUCUUGACUGUCUUGGUUUUUAAAAAAAUCAUAUUUUCCCUUUGGUAGUGAACAUGUUUGAGGACACUAUAUUGACAAAAAUAAAGUUUUUUUAGAUUUUUCUACGA